AUGUGGAUCGGAGAGGAUCAAAUCCUCCAGUUUUGAGUUGCUGAAAAUGGAUACAAAGGGACGAGGUAAUUCUGCUGUUUGCAACGACACCUGCGGCUGUCCUGCUCCCUGCCCUGGCGGCGUAGCUUGCAGAUGCACGCCGACGAGCGUGGCUUCCACCGCAGCCGGAAAUGAUCACGAGACAUGCGCAUGCGGUGAGCACUGCGCCUGCAACCCCUGCACAUGCCCCAAGAGUGUCGAGACCACCGGUUCUGGCAAGGCCUUCUGCAAGUGUGGUGAGGUUUGCACGUGUGCAACCUGCAAUGCCUGAGCUGCAGAGACAAAGAUAUAUAGAGGAAAAUGCUAGAAUGCAAUCACUUUCCCACAAUUUUCCUAUAAAUGCUGAGGUGGGAAGCCCACUUACAAUAUUUUAUUAUUUUUAAAUAAAUUAAAAUCAAAAUAAAAAUAAAGAAAAGUUAAUAAAAAAACUUAAAAAAAUAGAAAGGGUGGCCGGCCACCCAAACAGCCGCCAUGGGGUGGCUUCGGCCACCCCAUAGUCCUUAGGGUGGUUCUACCACCCCAAGGGCUAAACAAAAUUUGAAGUAUUUUUUUAAAAAGAAGUUUGGCCCUUGGGGUGGAUAGAAGGCCAUGGGGUGCCUUCGGCCACCUCAUUUCGGCCAUUGGGGUAGCAGAAGCCACUCCCAUGGUCCUUGGGCGAGGAUCGGCCACCCCAACGGUCAAACUCAUUUUUUUACCAAAAACUUAAUUUUUUUUUUUGGCCCUUGGAGUUAGCCAAUCCACCCCCAAGGGCCAUGGGGUAGCCUAUUUUUUGAAGUUUUUUUUAUUAACUGUAAUAAAAAAAUAAUAAUAAAAUAGUGUAAGUGGGCUUGCCACCUCAACAUUUAAUGGGAAAAUUGUGGAGAAGUGAUUGCAUUCUAGCAUUUCUCAUAUAUAUAUAUAUAUAUAUAUAUAGUACUUGUGCUACUCCCUUCAUCAUCUUUGUGAUACAGUAGCCAAAAUGUAAACCUGCAGGUG